AUGAGAAUUUUUUGUAAAGUUUUAAAUAAAAUUGAUUUUUUAACAGUGUUAACAUUAACUAUUAAAAAAUCAAUUUUAUUUAAAACUUUACAAAAAAUUCUCAUACCACAUAAUAAAUUAAAACAAUUAUCAUUACAAGCAAUUCUACAUGAUGAGACUUCAUCUACGGUUUCCAAUCAAGAAAUAGGUGGAUUAGCAUUAGAAAAAUUUUUUCGAACAUUUUCACAAUUAAAAGAAUUACAAUUCUAUAUACGUCAUUUACAUAGUACUAAUAAUGCAAUAACAAAUUAUGCACCUGAUCAUUUAUAUCUCUAUUCAUUUACAUCUCAUUUUUGGCUUGAUCGAUCUAUUGAAGUUUUUACACAUUUUGCUCGUCAAUCUAAAGAACGUUAUAUUUAUACAUUACCAUUUGCUUUUGAUACAUUUGAUAUUGUUGAUGAUAUACAAGAAUUUUUUUUUCGAAUUUAUCCAUAUUAUUAUGCUAAUGUUCGUCAUUUAUCACUAUCUUCGACGUCUACUCUAGACGAAUAUAUUUAUUCAAGCAUGAUUUUAAAAUUUUUUCCAAAUAUUCAAACAAUUACAUUUUCUCAGAAACCUUCUUCAAAUAGUACAAUCAAUUCUUUGACUAGACAUCAAUGGAUUUUACAGAAAUCUGGAUCUGAUACUUCUUCUACGAUAGCCUUUCCAUGUGUGUAUAUUUACAAUCAUCGAAAAGCAACACAUCUAUAUUUUCGAACAUUAAAUAUUACUAAUAAAGAUCAAAUAUUAUUUGCAAAUGAUAAUAGACGUAUUCGACAAUUAACAAUCUAUGAAAUGACUCGAGAACAAGCAAUUUAUCUUAAAAAUUUUUCUCCACGAAUUCAUAUUCUUACACUUUAUGUUAAUACAUCAGAAUGGUUUUUUUCAUCGAAUGAUUGGUUAUAUCAUCUAUUGACAGAUAUGAGUUCAUUAUUUAGUUUAACUAUUUAUUAUCCAAAAUGUAUGAAUAAUGAAAAAUUACAUGAUUUACUUGCUAAUACAUUAUUAAACGUAAAAAAACAUUUCUAUAUAAAAUGUAACGAUGGAAUAUUAAAUAUAUGGUUUUAA